CAUUUUCUUAUUAGUGUGCUGUGAGAAAAACUGUAUUCGGCUCGACAAAACUUUAAUUCUUUAAAAAUGUCCGAGUCAAACCAUGCUCCACUGAUCAACAGUCCAAGUGCGGAAACCAUCAAUAUGCCAGCUCAAAGAGGAGGGUCCAAUAAGCGGGCCCUGAAGGUGGCAGGAGUUACUCUGCUGGCAGGCAUACUGAUCGCAGGUCAGGCCUUCACUGCUUACAUGGCGUUCAGUCAUAAACAGCAGCUGGAAACACUGGAGAGACGCACUGACCGCCUACAGGAGAUCGGCCGCAAAUCUAUGGCCAUGCGCGCCCCCGUGAAAAUGCAUCUGCCCAUGAGCUCUCUUCCUCUGGCGCUGGAUAUCUCCACGGAGGAGAAGAAGGAUUCUUCCUCAUCUACUCAACCAGAGCUAAUUAUUCAAACCCAGUGCCAGAAGGAGGCUGCUGGUGAGGGUAAGAGUGUCCUUCCUGGAUUCCGCCCCAAAUGUGACAGCAACGGAGACUACCUGGCCCAGCAGUGCUGGGAUGGGACUGACAUAUGCUGGUGUGUGGACAAGAACGGCAAUGAGAGCCCUGAUUCUGUGACCAAGGGCACUGCUCAGUGUGAGACCGCCAAACUGGCCGAGUCAGUGCCAAUGAGCUCUCUGGUUUUGGGAAAAGAGGAGCAGUGAAGAGGAACACUGAAGAUUUCCUCAGAAACUUCAUAAAUAUAUAUUCUUUCAGUUACUUUUCAAUAUCUAGUCUGGUUAGAAAUUAAGAUUUUAGAGCUUGCUAUUGUUCAUCAUAAUAGUGGCAAUAUUAAACAGUUAAGUAUGCUGAUAAUAAUAACAGAUUCUGUCUAAUCAACGUCAGCAGUGUUGGGCUUUUAUAUUUUACUUAAAUGUGUGACAGAAGCUUACCUUAUUUUUUACUGACCUUUAUUAAUUUCCUGUUUUUGAACAUUGUGGAUAAGUUUGAGGAAAAGGAUAAUAUAUUGAACAAUAGUUAUUCAAAGAUUGAGAGCUAACAAAGAGGGAAAAUAAAAUACAUUUCUAACA